AUGACACAAGAAUACAAAGUUGAAAUAAAAGACAAUGAUACUGAUAUGGUAGGGAUCGAAGAACUGAAGAAAGGAGACAAUUGCAAAAAUGAAAAUGAGCAACCUGAAAAUAACAAUACAAAUGAACACGCUGAAAAUAAUAAUACAAAUGAACAAGCUGAAAAUAAUAAUACAAAUGAACAAGCUGAAAAUAGCAAUACAAAUGAACAAGCUGAAAAUAGCAAUACAAAUGAACAUGCUGAAAAUAAUAAUACAAAUGAAAAACGAACUUACAAAACAAUUUUUAAAAAUAUAAUUUCACCAAAAAAUGAUAAUAUGUGCUAUGAUGCAAAGGAUGUAGAUGGUAAAAAAAUGAAAAAGAAAAAGAGCAAGAACAAGAAUAGUGAUAAGAAUGAGGAUAAAUCAAAGAUGGAUGAAAAGUUUAUUACAUAUAAGAUACCAAAAUAUUUAAGAAAAAGAAAUAUAAAAUGUCCAUUUAUAUAUAAAGAAGUAUUUUAUGGAAAAUAUGGGAUAGUGAAUUAUGAUUUACAAGGAAGUAAUAAAGAAACUUUAGUUAUAACUUUUCAUGGAUUGAAUGGUACUAACUUAACAUUUUUAGAAAUUCAAAAAAUAUUAAUUCGAUAUAAAUUUCAAGUUCUUAAUUUUGAUUUGUAUGGACAUGGAUUAUCUGCAUGUCCAAAAUAUAGCCAUAAAAAUAAAACAUAUGGUAUUGAUUUUUUUUUAUCUCAAACUGAAGAAUUAUUAACACAUUUAAAUUUAUUAGACAGAAAUUUUUAUUUGAUUGGCUUUUCUAUGGGAUGUAUUAUUGCUACUAGUUUUGCAAAAAAAUAUAUUAACCAAGUUAAAAAAAUUAUUUUAAUAUCACCUGUUGGGGCUUUAGAAAAAAAACCAUUUUUAGUAAAAUUAUUAAAAAUUUUCCCAUACAUAAUUAACAUAUCCUCUUUCUUUAUGCUACCAUAUCUUAUUUCAAAACGAAAUUUCAAAAAAAAAAAAAAUACCAAUGAUAUGGAUUCCGAAGAUGAGGCACUCUAUUAUAUGUACAACAGAAUAAUGUGGCAAGCUUUUGUUAAAAAAAAUAUUACACAUUCUAUUUUAGGUUGUAUUAAUAACUUAAAAAUGUGGAGUUCCCAUGAAACAUUUAAAGAAGUUGGUCUCCAUCAUAUACCUGUUUUAAUUUUAUGCGGAGAUAAAGAUAAUAUAUGUAGUCUACAUGUACUUAAAAAUACAUCCAACCUUUUUCCUAAUUCACAUCUUAUUAUAUUUAAAAAUGCUUCUCACUUAGUUAUUGUAGAUAAAAGCAGAGAAAUUAAUUCAUGUGUUCUUAUAUUUUUCUUAUCCUCAAAUACCACAGAUUUGAAAUCAUGUCAACAUUUGUUUCCAAGUGGUAAUAUAGAGACAUAA